ACUGCACUUCCCAACAGUGCGUCCGCAGACUCCUCUUCAUCAGGUGAAGACAAGAGAGGGGAAAAUCGCUCCUGAUUAAUCAUAUAUAUAUAUAUAAAAAAAUCUUAUUCUAAAAAAACCCCCUCUAAAGUCGGAAUCAAUGUAUGAUGGAGACACGUUGCUGUUUUUUACUGUUUUUUUUCUCUGAGUGGAUAUAUCUGUUCUUAUUAACUACUAUCUUGGGCGGAACAAAGGCGGAGGUAAGGUGUAUUCCCCGGUGCCAGCUGCCGCUUGUUGCGGCAACGCCAAGGGAAAGAAGGGGUCUGGAUCAGACCUAUUUUGACGCAGCUCCCGGUGAAGAAUAUUACGGCUUUGGUGAGGAGUCGUUUAGCGCCAGUGGAGACGAAAAGGAAGUCGCCGCUGAAUUAACAGUGAGCGCAGAAAGUUCAUUCAAAGUACAGCCGCGGCCAGAGGAGAAUGAGACAAGUGGUCUGCAGAGAGACGGCGACCGUCAAAAACUUUCCCACCCUUCUCUGAGUCCCUCUGGUCCCAAUAACGCAAGUGAAGAGAGAGAUAUUAUAUUAAACUUGACUGCGUUUGGUCGGAGAGGACGCAGGAGCGCAGAAACCUGGUCUGGAUUCAGAAGCCAGGGUAUAGAUGACACCUCGGUAUCAGACCAAGGGGACUUUCAGCUCACAAGUUCAACAUUUGCACUGGCCGGGGACACAGCUCACAACCAGGCGAUGGUGCACUGGUCCGGACAAAACAGCAGCGUGAUUCUCAUGUUAACAAAGUUCUAUGACUUCAACGCUGGCAGAGUAACGGAGAGUUCACUGUGGAGGUCAACUGAUUAUGGGACCACGUAUGAAAAACUUAAUGAGAAAGUCGGGACCAAGAGCAUAUUGAGCUACCUGUAUGUGAGUCCAAACAACAAAAGAAAGAUCAUGUUACUAACUGACCCAGAGGUUGAGAGCAGUCUGCUCAUUAGCCUUGACGAGGGGGCGUCCUAUCAGAAAUACAGCUUAGGCUUUGAUAUCCUCAGCCUGCUAUUCCACCCAGAGCAAGAGGACUGGAUCCUGGCUUACAGCCAUGACCAAAAGCUCUACGUCUCUGUUGAGUUUGGAAGGAAAUGGCAGCUUGUUCACAACAACGUUGUUCCCAACAGAUUCUAUUGGUCCAGGCUGGGUUUGGACAAAGACCAAGGGAUGAUUCACCUUGAGAUCACUGUCGCAGUUGGACGGUCACAGUACAUAACUUGCAAACUUCAGAACUGCUCCGAUGGAAACAAGGGCAAGCCUUUCCCAGGAUUUAUAAUCCCAAACUCCCUGGUGGUGCAGGAUGAGUACGUUUUCAUCCAGGUAUCAGUCAGUGGCCAGGCUGUCCAUUAUGUGUCAUAUAAAAGAAAAGCAUUUUACCCAAUGAAGCUUCCUAAAUACACGGUCCCUAAGGACCUGCAGAUAAUCAGCACGGACGAAAACCAGGUGCUGGCAGCUAUUCAGGACUGGCACCAGAAUGAUUCGUACAACCUCUACAUGUCUGACUACAGAGGGCUGUUCUUCACACUAAUGCUGGAGGAUGUUGUGAGCACCGGUGGUCCAGAGGACAAUGUCAUGAUUGAUCUCUAUGAGGUUGCUGGGAUUAAAGGAGUGUUCCUGUCAAACAAAGUUGUUGAGAACCAAGUAAAAACUUAUAUCACAUACAACAAGGGCAGAGACUGGCGUCUUCUUCAGGCUCCAACCACUGAUCUCCAGGGAAACAAGGUCUAUUGUGAGCAACCGUACUGCUCAUUGCAUCUGCACCUUCAUGUCUCAGAGAACCCUUACGCCUCAGGAAACAUUGUCAGCAAAGACACAGCUCCAGGAGUUAUAAUAGCAUCAGGUGUCCUUGGCCCAGAGUUAAGCAAUGCAAAUGUCAGUAUCUUCAUCACCUCUGAUGCUGGGAAUACCUGGAGAGAGGUUUUUCAGGAAGCGUACAGCGUGUUUUUCCUGAAUCAAGGAGGAUCUCUAGUGGCCAUCCGACACACACCUCUGCCAAUUAGACACAUUUGGCUGAGUUUUGAUGAGGGCAGAAACUGGGACAAAUAUAGCUUCACCUCCUCGCCGCUCUAUGUUGAUGGGGUGCUAGGGGAGCCUGGAGAGGACAUCCUCAUAAUGACGAUAUUUGGUCAUUUUAGCCACCGAUCUGAAUGGCAACUUCUCAAGAUUGACUUCCGACCUAUAUUUGAAAGACGAUGUACAUCUGUAGACUACAUCACAUGGCAGUUAGACAAUGAGGGAGAAAUAUGCAUCAUGGGCAUGAAGAGAAUCUUCCAAAAACUGAGAGCAAACGCUCGAUGUGUCAAGGCCAGAGAUCAGUAUAUUUCUCAGAUGUCAGAUUCCUGCCCAUGCACAGAGGCAGAUUUUGAGUGUGACUAUGGGUUUGAGAGGCAACUCGAUGGGAGCUGCACCUCAGCUUUCUGGUUUGUUCCUUCAGCAUCAACCCAAGACUGCAUUACAGGGGACAGCUUUUUCAACACAACAGGAUAUCGUAAGGCUUUGUCAAACAACUGCACAGAUGGAAGUCUGUUAAAGUACAGCCCCAGGCAACAAAAGUGUCCCAGCCGGGCUCCCAGGGGUCUCCAGCUCUUUACCAGCGAGGGGACAUUUGUUGCAACACUGGGCAGGAACGUCACCUUCUUGGUCUUUCUGGAAGAGGGUCUUGGCUCCAUGACGAGUAUAACUGUGGACUUCGGUGAUGGAACUGCCAUAUCUUACGUUAACAUCAGUUCCAUUGAUGAUGGGGUCAAACACAUCUACAAUAAAGUUGGAAUCUAUCAAGUUUCAGCAACAGCAGUCAACAAUCUUGGCUUUGAUAAGGUCCUCCUUUACCUCCAUGUAUCCUGUCAGCUCGAGCAGGUGCAGCUUUCAGCUCCUUUGGUGGUCAUCAAGAACAAAGCAGUGAAUUUCACAGCAACACUUCGCCCCAGUAGUGUGGGAACAGUCACGUAUUUCUGGUGGUUUGAUAAUAAGAUAGAGCCAUUUGUGACCCUUGAUGCAGCAAUGUCCUUUACCUUCUCCAAGGAAGGAAGUCGCACCGUUACUGUACAGGUUGUGGCUGGAAAUACUGUCCAUCAGGACCGAAUCAGAGUGGCAGUUUAUGAUUAUUUCAGAUCUCAUCCUUUGGUUUUUUCCUCUAAUCUGGAUGAGCUUAAUCCUGGAGUUUCCGAAUGGAGAGAAGACAUUGGCAGAGUUGUGAAGACCUGCCUUGUUCAGGUCACAGGGAUCAGUGAGGAUCAGAUCCUGGUCACAGUGCUUGCAGGUUUGCCAACUACAGCCGAGGUUUUCAUUGUACCAGAGAGGAGGACAAGAGACAGAGCCAUGGACGAAAAGUGGGCACACCUGGAUCAGCUUUCACAAGUUCUGCUGAGCGCUCUUAACCAGGAUCUUAUCAAGUUUACAUUGAAACCUGGACUUGAGGUGAAUGUGUAUGCCACCCGGCUGUCUCCCGCUCCUCUUGUGGAUGGCAGUGACAGCGGGCACAGCGGCACUGCAGUCAUCAUGCUGGUCUCAGUGGUGCUAAUGGCUUUGGCAAUCUUUGUGAUAUAUAAAUUGAAAAGAAAGAUCCCAGGCAUGCACACUUACAGCACAGAGCAGCCUGACAAAGAACAAGAGGUCAUCCCUGCGGUGACCUCCAUAGCUGUCCCAAACCCUGAGGGGGAUGAGCUGACCUCACUGGAUCAUGUGGAUUUACAACUGGAUUCAAAAAGCAGAGGCUACCUGCCAUCUCACACAGACAUCAAGCUCUCUGAUGAAGCGCCCCAUGUGUUUUAAUGUUGGAAGUCUAUGACCGACUCGAAAGCAAUACAUCUUCUUUGGCAGUUACUUCCAGCAAGCUAGGAAGCUGCGGUCACAAUGAAUGGUCUCGAGUCUUUUGCUACCCAUGCAUGGAUGGACCAGUUCACACUGUGCUGCCUAAAUCCCUCCAAGGAGACUGUACAGAUUUUUACUUGCCUCUUGAAAAGGAACAGUUUUUGACUGAAAAAACUUGUAUUUUUGCAAGGACGCUGAUCUUUUUAUGUAAAUAUUGUACAUCCAUAAUGGAAGACGUGAAGGUUAUUUGUCUCAGCCACUUACAGCUGCAUCUGUUGAAAUAUGAAAACAUCAAACAGCAGUAUAUAUAAAA